UGAGGCAGUUCUGGUCGGUAUGGCAGCGGUGUAAGAUCAGUGACCUUUAACAUUCCGUUUGGUGUCCAGUGUUGGGAAGGUUGGUAGAGUUUGACAGAUGAGUGCAUUCUCCCAUUCGGUCUAGGGAAUUUUUGCGCUUGCAGUUUAGCGGGAGUGGUGCUCGAUUGGUGACUGUGUAAAAUAAAGCAGUAGUUUUUCGUAUUUUUUUAAAUAAGUUUUAUUAUAGUGUGCGGGUUAGUGAUUAGAUUUUAUUCGUAAAUUUUAAAUAUGUGCCUGACUGUGAGCUAGCCACGAUGUUCCGUUUUAUUCCGAUUUUUAAGGGCUGCAACAGGCAAAUCGAGUUUGUUGAUAAAAGACAUAGUUCGCUUGUAAAUGUUCCCGAGGAUAUUUUGCGUUAUUCCAGGAGUUUAGAAGAGCUACUACUGGAUGCCAACCAUAUCAGAGAUCUUCCGAAGCAUUUUUUUCGGCUUCAAAGGCUUAGAAAACUAGGUUUAAGUGACAAUGAAAUUCAAAGACUACCUCCGGACAUUCAAAAUUUCGAACAUUUAGCCGAGCUAGAUGUCUCCAGAAACGACAUUCCCGAAAUCCCAGAGGGCAUCGGUCAGCUUCAUGCUUUGCGGAUCGCAGAUUUCAGCUCGAAUCCGAUCGCGCGACUACCGGGCACCUUUCCGCAGUUGAAAUCAUUGACCACUUUGGGCCUCAAUGAUAUGUCGCUAACCAGCUUACCAGCUGACUUUGGACAGUUGAUUUCCCUCAUAUCACUGGAGUUGAGAGAAAAUCUGCUCAAGGAACUGCCAGCAUCCUUCAGCCAGCUCGUGAACUUGGAGCGACUGGAUUUGGGCGAUAACGAAAUUGAUGAAUUGCCACCUCACAUAGGUAAAUUGCCAGCUCUGCAGGAACUUUGGUUGGAUCAUAACCAAUUACAGUCGCUUCCUGCGGAAAUUGGCCAACUGCACAGUCUGAGCUGUUUGGAUUUGAGCGAGAAUAGGCUGGAGUAUUUACCGGAGGAUAUUGCCGGUCUGGAAAGUUUAACUGAUCUUCAUCUAUCGCAGAACGUUUUGGAAAUGUUGCCUGAUGGAAUUGGAAAAUUGGAAAAGCUUACCAUUCUAAAGGUUGAUCAAAAUAGGCUGACCUCAUUAAAUUCCAAUAUCGGCUGCUGUCACAACUUACAAGAGCUUAUUUUAACCGAAAACUUCCUUAGUGAGCUCCCUAAGGAAAUCGGCAAACUGGUUAAGUUGACUAACUUAAAUGUAGAUAGAAAUAGUUUGACGAGUAUACCUGAAGAAAUAGGUAAUCUUUGUGAAUUAGGAGUAUUAAGUUUGCGAGACAAUAGACUGACUAUGUUACCUGACUCGUUGGGCGAUUGUAACCGAUUACACGUGUUGGAUGUAUCCGGCAAUAGGCUUCCAUAUUUGCCUCAUACGUUACUUCAGCUUAGGCUUAAGGCGGUUUGGUUAAGCGACAACCAGGCGCAGCCUUUGCUAACGUUUCAGACUGAUACGGAUCCAGACACUGGAAAAACGGUGCUCACUUGCUUCCUGUUGCCACAACAGGAGUAUCAACCAACCAUAACUUCUGAUGGCCGUUUGUAUCGUUGUGAUGUGAACAGCGGUUUGAGUAAUGGCACUUUGUCCCGAAUCACAGCUUCCACCACCAAGGAUGACGUUUCCGACGACUGGCAGGAACAAGAAGCGAGCAGGUUGCACAGUGUCAAAUUUACGGAUCCUCAAGACCAGGAAAACAAAGAGACUCCAUUUGUGCGACAAAACACGCCUCACCCGCGAGAGCUGAAAGCCAAAUAUACCAAAUUUGCUGGAAAAGGAAAUAGCCAUGGGAACAGUUCUUUUGAGGACUCUGAUCAUCAUCCUGAUGGAAUUGCUAAUCCAGUUUUGAAUGACUUGGAAGCGACUGAAGCUAUAAAUCUGCAUGUAGCUCAUCCUCAGCAACCCGUUGCUGAAAAUAACACCCGCAUUUCGAAUCCGCCCUCAAUAACCGCAACCAUAGCUAAAACACCUGAACCAGUGAUGGUUGUGGGAAAUGGACAUCAGGAUAGUGAGCCCAGCCAAGACGAAGAACUCGACGAGGACUUCUUAAGACGUCGCGUUGGAUUCAUAUCGUCAGAUGGAGACAGUGAUGGUUUAGCGAAGGAGGACGGCAUGAGGUCGAAGUUGCAUCGACGCGACACCCCUCACCAUCUAAAGAAUAAAAGAGUCGCCCCACAAGUCGAUCAGAAUCAAGUGGCCAGCAUCAUUGCACAGGCGGAAAGACGAAAACGCCAAGAGGAAACCUGCGAAUCUGAUCGUAUCAGCUCUUCUACUAAUCUUGAAUCCGUUGGAGAGCGCAGUUCCACCAGCAGUCCAGGUGGUGAUUCAACAACAAAUAUUCCAAGGGUGGAGGUGCGUGAAGAAAAAUACGAAAUUCGCAUUGAACGUUCAAAUGCUGGCCUGGGCUUGUCGAUAGCGGGCGGUCAAGGUUCCACCCCUUUCAAAGGGGACGAUGAGGGCAUCUUCAUCUCUAGAGUGACGGAAGGAGGUCCGGCAGAUCUGGCCGGCCUCAAAGUGGCUGACAAAGUGCUAAAAGUGAAUGCGAUUGACGUACAGGGCGUGUCGCAUUAUGAUGCUGUGGAGGUGUUGAAAGCGUCUGGACAAAUCCUGGUCUUGGAGGUGCUGAGAGAGGUAACUGUGUUGGUCAGAAGUAAGCCAGAAACCGUUGGAACUACUAAGGCUGAUACAUAUAUGAUUACACCGCCUCCACCGCUGCCUCCAAUUUUGAACGACGUAGAUACUAAGAAAGUUUUGAUACACGCUUGUCUGAUCAGGGAUUCGAGGGGAUUAGGGUUCAGCAUAGCCGGUGGAAGGGGCAGCCAGCCAUUUAAGGAUAAUUCGGACGCUAUCUAUAUUUCACGAAUUACUGAUGGCGGUGUAGCUGACAAAGAUGGCCAGUUAGCUGUAGGCGAUCGAGUAAUCUCAAUCAAUGGUGUUGAUCUGACUGAAGCAACACACCAGCAGGCUGUACAGUUCCUCACCGGUCACGAGCGUUUUGUACGGAUCGUUGCAGAACGUGAGAUGGCUGUCGAUGAACCAGUUCCGCUGGGUGCAUCUCCAUCUCCGGGUCCACAACAAAGUCCUAGACUGUUUGGACUGCCCAAACCGUAUACCGGCCUGUACAGUGCCAACAGCUACAUGGCAAACCGGCCCUUCAGUUACAGACGAUCAGUAGAAAGUGACGUUAGCAAAAAGAGCGAAUCUCCAGAGCCGAAAAGCAAUAAAGUCACACCAGAAACCACCCCGAAUUCAAUAAACCGAGACAAGUCACUCGAACUCCCGAAAACAAAUGGAAUUGGUUAUAACCAUACGACCGUGAACCGGGCAACGACCACCCCUUUGAACCACGAACCCCCUAAGCCGGCCCCACGCCGGUUGAACAGCCAAAACUCGUCGGAAAUUCCGGCAAAUAUCGCGGAGAAACAACCAUCCCCCACGAUGACAAACAAUAAUCAUAAGAAAGCGACUCCGACGUCUUCGAUCGAUAGUGACGAACAGGUACUGCCACGGCCUAUCACCAAUGAAGAUUUUCAAGCCAUGAUCCCAGCUCACUUCCUGUCCAAUAAUCCAUCUCCUCACAGUCCCCCUUUGCCUGACACGGGCCAUGGCAACGCCGCGUCCGUAACUACUGUAACAAUACGGAAACCGGACACAAUUGAACUUCCUCCUGCGCCUACGGGACCCGGGAGAGUGACCGAGACGAUCACCAAAAGCACCUUCACAGAGACGGUGGUGACGCGCAUCUCGGACAAUAAGUUGGUGGCACCACUGAUUAUUGAGGACGUUACACUUUCUAAGGAGGAAGGCUCUCUAGGUUUUAGCAUAAUCGGAGGCACUGAUCAUUCCUGUAUACCAUUUGGUGGCCAAGAGCCUGGCAUAUUCAUUUCGCAUAUAGUUCCUGGCGGAACAGCUGCGAAUUCUGGCAAACUUCGAGUGGGUGAUCGAAUUCUGAAAGUGAAUGGAGAAGACAUCACUAAACAGAGUCACCAAGAUGCUGUUAUGUCAUUGUUGCGACCCUCUGAUAGUAUUACGUUAACCAUUCGGCAUGAUCCUCUGCCCGAAGGAUACCAGGAGUUAGUGAUAGAAAAAGAAGAUUCCGAAAGGCUGGGCAUGCAUAUCAAAGGAGGUUUGCUGGCGACGCACCGAGGAAAUCCCUUGGAUCCUUCAGACGAGGGCGUUUUCAUAUCCAAAAUCAAUACGGUUGGAGCAGCUCGAAGAUGUGGGAAACUGAAGUCAGGUAUGAGAGUAAUUGAGGUCAACGGAAAGUCACUUCUGGGAGCCACACAUACGGAAGCCGUUAACGUUCUAAGACAAUGUGGAAAUACCAUCCAUCUAAUCGUUUGCAAAGGCUACGAUAAAGCAGACAUUGACAAAGCAGUAGCUGAUGGACGUUUGUUAAAACGGGGAUCUGUUAGCAGCCGCUCACAAAGCGUUAGUAGUUUAGAUGUUCCUGAUGAAGAACUACCACCAUUUGAAGAGGACAGUGAAAAGCGACUGGAACCUCUUUACCAAUCUGAAGAAAAUUUAACACUGGUGGAAGCGAAACCAACAACACCUGCCGAAAAGGUAUUAGAUGUAGUGCAUGCAGUGGAAACGCUGGCCAAAGGCCCACAAGAAAGUGUCGCGCCGCCUAAAUCACCGGGUGGACCAAACUCUGAAUUAAAAACCACCACAAUAGUGAUGAGCAAACACACUCUAGCAGCACAACAGACAACUGAAUACGCUGCCACUCUUCCGAAAUCCCACAAACCGCACCAGGAAGUCGAUACUGGAACAUUGACCAACAAGGUUAUCAGUCAGAUACGCGCGUUGUCUACUGAAUCUUUGGAUUCUAUACCUCCCAUUACCAGAAACUCCCCUUCAUCGUGUAGUAGGUCUCAAAGCGUGGGCGAUUUAUUUGCAGAAGAACCGAAAAAAAGGACGUUUUCUCUAAAGGACGAACUCAUUUCUGGAAAUUCGUUGAAUUCUACAAACAACGAAGAUGCAAUAUAUGAUAUACCCAUUCUGCCACCCCCAGUAGAUUAUGUUGCGCCCGGCUUACCCAAUUACGGUUCCAUGGGUGGUAACAAUGUAACUCCUUCGAAUAACUUAACUUACACCGUGCCAGCUCAUAUUCCAAACACAUCAACAUCGAGUUCAUUUUCAUUUCAACAGCCUCAGCAUACUAUCAAUGUGUAUAAUCAAUUUCCAACGCCCAAUUUUUAUAAUUAUGGCAUGCAUCCAAGCAACCCAUAUGGGUCCUUAAAUUCAGAAAAUCCGUACGCUCUUCCGACGGUUAACAGUUUUAACAGCCCAGUCUCGCCACAUUUUUCCGAUAUCGGCAAUUUGUUCAACAGUCCCGUGUCUCCUCCCCCGCCAGACAGCACGCCCUUGUUGACUGAGGCUGAUAUUUUAAAAGUCCCUCCUCCUCCGCCUAUCGACUUUGAUACUUCAACUGAUAACAUCCGAAGCCAGCCAGUUGAAACAAAUGAAAGUCCUCCUCUUCCCACCAGUCCUCCUGCAUCUCUAACGUUUAAACGCAAGCCGAGAAUCAUUAUGAAGCCGAAAUCGAAGCCUCCUCCGGUACCCGCCAAGCCUCCAUUACGUUCCUUUCAGAGCGAGGAAACUUUGAUCAAUUGCAAUCGUGGCUAUUACGAUUCUGUGACGAAGAUUUUGGAUGGGUCCUUACCUUCACGGCCCGUAUCAGUUGCGUUUAGUAGUAGUAGUUUGCAUUUUGGAAGUAACAGAAAGCCACCACAGAGUCCAAAUUAUCAGACUGUGAAGCAGUCAGUUAGCGACAGAAAGAAGUUCUUCGAGCAUGCGAUGGAGGAAAGUCAGAAGCAUACUAAAAAAGAGAAGGCAUUUAGUUAUUUAAGUCCGGACGAAAUACAAAAUCUCAAAGCAGAAGAAGAUCGAAAGAUUUCGACCCUAUCCAGUGCCGACAUGAAUUCAUUCCAUGCCCUAAGUCAAUCGGACACUGAAUCAAUAGAAUCUCAACCGACUAGCCGUCCAUCCAGUCACAUUGGCAUAAUUCGCACGGCAAAGGCGGAAAGAAGAUGGCGCGAUCGACAACGUGAAGAGGGUCUUCUAACUGAUGAAGACGACGCCAGUUUGUCUCCAGCUGAGGAGCGAGCUCUUCGAGCAGAGAAAAGGGCAGCUUGGCGGGCGGCACGGCUCAAAUCAUUGGAGCAAGAUGCAAUCCAAGCGCAAAUGGUAAUAAAAUCAAUGACGGACAUGGUGGGUAGUGGAGAAGUUCCCGCACACAGCUCAGUGGCCGAAGUGGUUGACGGCACAGCAGAGGAUGCCGAAUUACUUAAUAAACAUUGACUUGUGGCAUGUCGUUACUAACUAACUUUAACAUUGUCUCUCAUUUAUAAAGUGUUUAUGUUUCGGUUUUGGUUAUCGUUAUCAAAAUGUUUAUUUCAAUGUAUUCUUGCUGGGUACCGACCAUGUUAUUGUGAAGAUUUGUUUUUAGGCAUGGAAUGAGCUUCUGGAUUAAUGACUCUAUAAAUGUAGACAGUUUUGAUUGCUCUCAAUUUCGUUUGAUUAUUUGAGUGUUCAUUAUCAACGUAGCUUUUUUGUUACUUUUGCAUUUUUCUAUUGCUUAUAAGGAAGAAAACUUGUGGAAAUUCUGAACAAUUCAGUAGUUCUCCAAGUUGAUUUUAAUGUUAUAAAUAGUGAUGGGCGAUUCGGAACUGGCCCGAAUCUCGAAAUUUUCCAAUACUGGUCUCGGGUCUUAACCGAUGCUCCUAUAAAGGAAGCAGCGUUCAACUGUAGUACAAAUUAUUUAACAUUCUAUAGUUAUUAAAAUACGUUAUUGUUUAAAACUAAAAACAAUAUUUUAACUCAAUUCAAUUUAAUAAAAUGAGUACGUGGGAGGUGAAUCAUCGGCAAACUCGUUUGUCGAACUAGUCCAGAACAAUUAAUAAUUAUUGAACGAAACCUGAAGGUCUGACGGCUUUUCAGGUUCUCUUUCCAUUUGCUUUGCGUCCGACCGAUUUGUUUUAAUCCUGACCAAUCUCAAAUCCACUCAAAGUGGGAUUCUGCAUUCCGCGUAACGUAAGGAAAUAUGUAUGAAAUAUUUUAUGUUGAGCAAGUUUGAAAUAAAGUAGGCCCUAUAGUUUUGCGUAUGUCUUCCUACGUGUUUUAGAAUAUUUAACAAUAUUUAUAAACAAAACUGGAAUGUAAAAUAUUAAAGGGCCAAUAUAAAAAAAAACGUCUUGCCUUAAGUAAAUGUGGGUCCGAAAAGUAACCUUUUGGAAAAUCUGGUUUGUUUUUUAUUAAUUUAUUUGCUCCGUAUUUAGUGAUUAUUAUAUUAAAAGUUCGGCGCCACUACAACAAAUAACGCAUUUCAACUACGGGUUCCGGAUCUUUUCGAGGACAGGGUUCUAAUGAUACGGAUCUUUAUAAUGAGCCGACUUGCCCACCACUAGUUAUGAGUAAAUAUAUUUCGAUAGAAAUCGAGUUUUUGAUUCAUCGUCUUUAUGUCGGUUUUACAAAGUUAGGUUCAUUGAAAUUUAGGCAUUCAAAGGAUAUUUAUGGAGUCAUAUAACAUCCAUAUGUUUUGGCUCAUAUGCCUGCAUUUCAGCAUGUGCUUUCAAUUGCCCUAUUUGAUUGUAGGGACUAUUUCUUAGUCGAACAACCGCCGGAAAGAAAUGGUGGGCACAGAACAGCUGAUGAAAGCCAUUCUAGACCGCCUAUUCCAAUAUUAUUAAUUAGUAACUGUUGCAAACCGAUCCACUAACUGUCAUUUGUUCGGCUUAUAAAAAGUUUGAAAAAAUUAAACAACUUCCACCCAGCAUCGACAUUAAAAAAGUACUAUUAAUCUAAUUUAAAAAAAAGAGAAAAUAUUAAUAACGUUAGCUUGCUAAUACAUGUGUAUGUAUGGUUAAGGCUCAUGAGUACAUCUAGUCAUUAAAUCAGUCCAAUCAAGGUAUUCAUAAAAUUGCAUAAUGGCAUGAAUAACCACGUAACUGACUAUAGUCGUUCGUAACUAACACAUUCUGGGCGCAGUUAUCUGGCGUCCGUUUUGACCCCAAAACUAACAGCAUGCAGUCGCCAUCUCCCCCAACAUCGGCCGUACAAGAAGAGAAAGCGCCCCUACGACCCUCUUCGGCCGAUUUUCCCCGGCUCGCCGUUCGUGAGAAACCGAGCGGCGCUCGCACGGUGCGAGAAAGCGAGAAGGUCCUGGAAGAAUCAGUUAGCAGGAAGACGGAAGAAUAUGUGGAUGAGAUAACUG